AUGCCGGCCGAUCCACCGAACUACCGCGCAGCGGUCAACGGACCGGAAGCCGUUGGAUGGAUGAAAAGCAUGGGGGAGGAGAAUCGCUCAUUACUAGACCACGACGUUUAUGAGUGGGUCGAUCCCUCGCGCGAUGCUUCAAUCAUCCCGUCAAAAUACAUCUACAAGUGGAAGUACAACGAGGCCGGCAUCGCUGUGCGACUGUACUCGAGAAUCGUAGCGCAAGGAUUUCACGGAGCUGAGACCGGAACCGACAAUGCUGCACCGGUAGCGUCUCUCCAAGCCGUCCAUCUGAUAGUUGCGCAUGCUGCCAAGGAUAGACUUGUUCUUCGCCAAGCCGACAUCAGGACGGCGUUCCUCCACGCGAGGAUGGAACCGGGAUCGAAACCAGUAUCAGCUUNGGCGUUCCUCCACGCGAGGAUGGAACCGGGAUCGAAACCAGUGUACGUCACUCCCCCGGAAGGAUUCUCGUGCGACAACGAGAGAGCCAGACAAGUCUGGAAGCUCAGAGCGUGGCUUUACGGGUUGUGUUAUUCCCCAACAGGCUGGUGGGGCACUCUGCACGAUUUUCUCCUGAGGAUCGGAUUUGCUGAGAGCACCGCUGAACCGUGCUUGUACAUCCUGGACGACGGAGAUGUGCUCCUUCUCGUUUAUGUGGAUGACAUUCUGCUGACCAGCGAGGGCGAGAACAAAGUGCUGAGCAUGGUAGAUCAGCUUAAUGAGCGUUUCGAAACGGUGGACCUGGGAGGAGCCAGGUUCCUGCUCGGUAUGGGAAUCAACCGAGACAGAGCCGCAGGGACAAUUCUUUUGGAACAGGAAGAGUAUACCAUCGCAGUGAUGGACAAGUUCGGCAUGGCCGACGCGCGUCCGACGACAUCUUUGUCUGAGGCUGGACCGGUGCUCGCUUUUAUAUCUCAUCAGGUGCACAAGGCCCGACAUUACCACUCCGUGAUGGUUCUGACGCGGAGUAUGGCGAAACCAGGUCCGAGGGCGAUGCAGAAACUCAAACGCGUACUCAGGUACCUGAAAGGGACGAUAUCAAUCGGUGUACGCUACGGCAAGGAUGCCGAAGAUGGAAACGUCAUUGCUACGUUUGUCGACUCAUAUUUUGCAGGCGACCUAGACAAGGGCUACUCCACCACGGGAGUCGUCCUGUAUUUCGCUGGUGGACCGGUGGAAUGGACUUCAUCCAAGCAAACGGUGGUGGCGACCUCUUCCGUUGAAGCAGAGUUCGUGGCUUUGUCGAAAGGUGCAACAUCAUCAAGUACUUCCGCCACCUGCUGGACACCAUAA